AUGGUUGACAAGACUUCCACCGGCAGCGAACUCAACACUGUGCCUGUGUCCCGUCGUGCCAGCUUCAACCUGCGCGACUCGCACACGCGCCGCCUGAAGCCGUUCAACAGCGGCGACAUCAAGAUCCUUCUGCUCGAGAACAAGGCCGGGUACCAGGUCGAAUUCCACACCAAGGCACUCGACAAGGCCACGCUUAUUGAGAAGAUCAAGGACGUGCACGCCGUCGGCAUCAGGAAGUGCUGUCCCAUGCCUAACAAGCUGCUCACCAUUGGCUGCUUCUGCAUUGGCACCAACCAGGUCAACCUCAGCUAUGCGGCGUCUCGCGGUAUUUCCGUCUUCAACUCGCCGUUCAGCAACAGCCGCAGCGUGGCCGAGCUGGUCAUUGCCGAGAUCAUUUUGCUGGCACGGCAGCUGGGCGACCGCUCGCGCGAGAUGCACGAGGGCGUGUGGAACAAGGUGUCGAAGAAGUGCUACGAGAUCCGCGGCAAGACGCUGGGCAUCGUCGGCUACGGCCACAUCGGCACACAGCUCGGCGUGCUCGCCGAGUCGCUUGGCAUGAACGUGAUCUGGUUCGACAUCCUGCCGGUGAUGCCCAUCGGCAUGAGCCGCAACACCGACACGCUCGACGAGCUGCUCGGCCAGGCCGACUUUGUGUCGCUGCAUGUUCCCGAGACACCCGAGACCAAGAACAUGAUCGGCGCGCGCGAGCUGGCGCUGAUGAAAGCAGGGCUCAUACCUGAUCAACGCGCGCUGUCCGAGUCCCUGCAGUCCGGCCACCUGGGCGGCGCUGCCGUCGACGUGUACCCGUCGGAGCCGCUGGCCAACGGGCCCGGAUUCGACAGCCCGCUGCGCAACUGCCCGAACACGCUGCUGACUCCGCACAUUGGCGGGUCGACCGAGGAGGCGCAGCGCAUGAUCGGCGUGGAGGUCGCCACGGCCAUCACCAAGUACAUCAACACCGGUGCUACCGUCAACGCCGUCAACUUUGCCGAGUGCGACCUGCGCGCCAUCCCGUCUAGCGAUCUCACCACUGUGCGCAUUGUCAACGUGCACCAGAACGUGCCGGGUGUGCUGCGGCAAAUCAACAACAUUCUGGCCGACUACAAUGUCAACAAGCAGAUCUCGGACUCCAAGGGCGACGUCGCCUACUUCAUGGCCGAUGUCACCGUCAACGACCAGAAGGAGAUCAGCACUAUCUACGAGGAGAUUACAGGCAUCCAGGAGAACAUCAUCACCCGUGUCCUCUUCUAA